AUGACUCCCAAUACAACUCGGCACCGUAUGGACGAGCAUGUCUUCACUGUGCCCGGGCCAAAUGCCGGUGUAUACAGCGAGGGCCGGGGUUGGAUUGCGAAAGAGAACAAGCUUGACGAGUUGGUCAAUGUGCUCCGAAAUCAGAACCAUCAUCGUCCAGGAGCCGGGGAUUUUGAUACGGCCACUUCAGAUUCCAGUCCAGCCUUUGACACCGAGGACUUCAACACAGACCAUGAACGACGACACCCCCAGGACAGCAGGAGCAGGAACAGAAUACAUCCCCCACCCAUCUCUCGGGGUGCAGAUCGUGUCAUCCCGACCGACAAGUCAUCUUCACUCACAUUCAACUAUCCUAUCCAUCCGGUAUGCGAGUCCCAUACCACCCUCACGUCCAGGAGGGGCACUCAUAUCCUACCGGCUUUCUACUCGGUCACUCCAACCGAGGCAGAGCAGUGUCUGGGCGUAUUCCGCAGCCAACAUCUCGAGUUCAUGCCCUUCGUGCACCUUCCCCCGACCGUGACCGCCAGCCAGCUCCGAGAGACACGACCCUUUCUCUGGUACAAUAUCAUGACGGUGGCGACGCCGGUCACGUCGCUCCAGCUGGCGUGGAGUGAAGCGAUCCAGAAGAAACUCGCCCAGGACAUGUUUGUGGAGAAUGAGAGGAGCGUCGACUUGUUGCUGGGCUUGCUGGUUUAUCUGUCCUGUUCGAUGACAUGUGGAGGGUACACCCGAGUCCUCGCUCACUGGAAGCUUCGCAGGUCUCAUUUCUACAAGAAGAGAGGACCAAAUAUAUCUCUGCUCUGCUCGCUGGCCAUGUCACUCGUCUUUGACUUGGGACUGAACAAGGCUUCGCGCGAAGGUCCUGGAGGGCUCUAUGUCAGACCGUCCGCCUCUGAAGGGGACGGAAAGACCAUGGACGAAUGUCGCGCCGUGCUUGCGUGCUUCCACGUAACCAACCAAAUCUCCUUCACCAUGAAGAGAAUCGAUGGCCUAAACUGGACGCCCUACAUGGAGCGGUGUCUGGAGACGCUGGCGACACAGCCCGAGUGGCAUCUCGACGGCGUCCUCGUGGCACAAGUACGGCUGCAGCUGCUCUUGGACGACAUCAACCGUAACUCGUGGUCUUUGUCUGCAACCUCAACCUCAUCGUCGUCGUCGCUAUUCUCCGCGUCUUCACCUUCUCAUACGACCGCGGCGGCGACGGCGACGGCGACGGCGACUGGACCUUCGGCGUUCUAUGUAUCUGCUAUUCUCGCGCAGAUUCGGGCUAUCGAGAAGGAAUUGGCACCGGAUCUCAAGAACAAUCAGCAACGCGGAACGUCGUGGGCAUUGUUAGAUAUCCUCCUCGCCCAGCUCCGCUACACAGAGCUGAUCACGCACGAGACCACGAUCCAGCUGGCCGGACCUACCAAUCCUAACAUUAACACCAAGCCCGACCACCGCCGCCAUCAAGCCCGGAGAGAUCUUGUCGCGUGCCUCGGCGGGUUCUUCGACGCCCUCUUCGCCCUCCCCGCCACGGCCUACGCGGGCAUGUCCUUCCCCUUCUGGUGCCAGCUGGGCCACUGCCUGUUGACGCUCCACGGCGUCGUCAGCAUGGAUAGGGAUCUACUUUGCGAUGGGGACGGGGACAACCGCCUCGACCUGCUCGACAUCUGCGACCGCCUCAUCAGCAGUCUGGACGAGGUGUCCUCGCAGAGAAAACUCCUCGCAGCAUACACGAGCCACAGCACCGGCAUUGGCUACGGCGACGGGGACGGAGAUUGUAAUUCUGGCGCUGGUCCCGGCGCCGACGUGGACACGUUCACCCUUAGCAGCCGCAUGAUCCGGUCCAUGAAGACGGCGUGGAUGCGGGAGUUGGCGGCAAUGACGGCGGACGUAUCAGCUAGUACUACCACUACCACCAACAACAACAGUCGAGGAGGUCAGAGAAAUGACAACGUCGACUGCGAGACGGAUAUACCGACAUCUACAUCUACAUCUACAACAACCACAACAUUCGAGACUCACGUUGUUGACCCCGCCCAGAUCGCUCCCUGGGGAGAUAAUGACGACGGUGGCAAUCUCGGACGCGCGUUCCUGACGGCGGAAGCAGAGUCGUCGUCGUUCUUUAGUCCCCUCUUCAUGGACGAGUCGUGGUUUGUGGAUCGGGACACGGCGAGUGCGUUUUCGUGGAGUUGA